AUGGAGCUCCCAGAGUACCCGGGCGUCUCGCCAGCAGCGCAAGAUGAUACUAUCCGCCCAGCUGCUAUUCACGAGGACAAACCAGAAGUGAGUCGUCUGGAAGCGGCGUACUCAAACCCUUCUACGGCAGGACCCGCAAUCGAUCCUCUUGUAGAGAAACGCUACCUGAGGAAGUUGGAUCUGAGACUGCCAGUACUCCUUGGAGCUCUCUAUCUCCUCGCCUUUUUGGAUAGAUCGAACAUUGGAAAUGCGAAGAUAGCUGGCAUGCAGGAGGACCUGAAACUAUCUGGAAACCGCUACCCGUGGCUGCUCACCAUCUUCUACAUCUCAUACGACCUCUUCGAGUUUCAGGCGUUUAUGUGGAAGAUUGUGCCCCCGCAUCGAUGGGCGGCGCUGGUUGUAUUUGCAUGGGGUAUUUUUGCGACAUGCCAGGCAGCUAUACAGAACUGGAAUGGGGCAAUGGCCCUCCGCUUUCUCCUUGGUGCCGCAGAGGCUGAUUUCGGGCCAGGCGUCCCAUAUCUGAUGUCUUUCUUUUAUCGUCGCCAUGAGCUUGGUCUCCGCUGCGGUCUGUUCCUGUCUGCUGCUCCUUUGGCCAAUACCUUUGCAGGAGCACUUGCUUAUGGUAUCACGUCUGGCCAUUCGAAGCUGGCGAACUGGCGCCUUCUCUUCUUGGUUGAGGGAAUCCCCACACUGCUGAUGACCCCAGUUGCCUGGUUUUACGUGCCUGACUCUGCGCAAGACGCAAAGUUCCUUACCGCGGAGGAGAAGGAGAUUGCGAAUGCCAGAGGGCUCAGGCAAAGUGGCACCCUCGAACGGGAGAAAGGCAUUGUAUGGAAAGAUAUUUUUCUGACUUUACUAGAUGCUAAGCCCUGGUUAACAGCGUUCAUGUACUUCAGCUGCAAUGUCAGCUUCUCUUCGCUUCCUGUUUUCCUUCCGACCAUCCUGAACGACAUGGGCUUCACGGCCGUCAAUGCCCAGGGAUUGACCGCGCCUCCUUAUUUCCUUUCCUUCCUCAUCACUAUCUUGACCACAUGGAUCGCGGAUAAGUCCCAGCAGCGUGGUCUCAUGAUUGCUUUCCUGUCAUUACUUGGAGCGGUUGGAUAUGUUCUUCUUGCUACUUGCACCUCGGUCGGAGUUCGCUACUUCGGUGUGUUCUUGGCUGCAAGCGGCGUCUUCCCAGCAAUUGCCAAUAUCCUUCCUUGGGUUCUGAACAACCAAGGUUCUGAUACACGCCGUGGUAUGGGCAUGGUCCUUCUCAAUCUGAUCGGCCAAUGUGGACCGUUCCUCGGAACGAACGUCUUCCCAGAAACGGAUGCUCCUCGUUACGUCAAAGGCCAGUCUAUCUGUGCUGCAUUCAUGUUCUUCACCGCAUUUCUGGCUCUCUUGCUGCGGACGCUUCUCGUCUGGGAGAACAAAAAGCUUGACCGGACAUACGGAACCAGGGAAGAAAGGGCAGCCCGGGCAGGGGAGGAUGACAAGGAUGCUCAGAACUAUGCAGAGGCCAACUAUGGACCCGCAUAUAGAUAUGUCCUUUGA